AUGGCCAGUACAGCUAAUAUCCUUCUUGCUCCCUUCCCCGGUGAAACGCUCUCAGUGCCUUAUCUCGGCUAUGAGCCGGUCAACCUCCUUAUCCAACGCGCGAAAAAUUUGCUCAACGCAAAAUACUUGAUCGGGGGCGAGACAAUCUACUUCAAUGGCAUUGGCAUUCGCAAUGAAAAAGCAACGAUAGACGAUUGCAAGGUGUACGGAAACGUUAUCAGCAUGAACUUCAAGUAUAUGUCUGCCCCACCAAAAAGACGCCAAAGGCCUGGAAAAAAUUCAAUCAACAUCCUUGUGAAAACAUUGAUGGGACAACAAUACCAGCUCUCUAUGCAUGAAUCAAGCACUGUUGAAGAUCUCAAGUGGAGAAUUAAGAAGGAUUUGCGACUCUCUUGUGAUCUACGGUUGAUUUUCAAUUAUAAACAACUCGAAAAAGGAUGUCUUGUGGACAAUGGGAUUGCAGGUGGUGCCGUAAUUCAUGCUAUCACGAGGUUGCGAGGUGGCGGCGGACCUCCUCGAUUUGCCGACAUUGAGAAUGGAUACCAAGAACGAAUCGUAUUAUCGGAUGACGCCCCUAUAGCCCGUACCGUGUGUGAAGGAACAAACAUUGAAGCAGAGUGCCAAUGCACACCUGAUUAUCGCGUCAUCUGCAUGCAAGGACAUGGGUUGUACGAGCUGGGCAAAGAUGUUCUUCGCUGCCCCAUGUGUCGAUCUCGAAACGUGAAGCCAAUAACUGUUGGCUUCAACAAUUGUGAGUACCGGACGCAUGGUAUCAGAACGAAUGGAUCGCAAUAUUCCUCGGACUGGAUCCGUAUUGAAAACGAGGACUACAAUUUGUUCGAUUCAUCAUAUCAAUGCGAAUGGAUACGUUUGAUUAUUCAAAGUCGACCACUCAAGAAAACAUACGACAGCGAGCUUUGCGUUAUUUGCUUGAAAGCUCUUGGCAAUCGUUUCACAACGAAAAAAUGCAAGCAUCGCUUUCAUAGAAAAUGUAUCAGCAAGUGGCAUGGUGAAUGUCCCACAUGUCAAGCAAGUCAUUGGUAG